AAAGGUGAUCAUUUAACAAAUAUACAGCCCUAAAGACGCAACAACAGUUCGGCGUGGAAUAAAACCCUUAUCACUUGGAUUCAGAACUUUAACUUGAGCUGCAGAAGUCGGUCUGCGGAUUACUGGCAGGAAGAUGAAGUCUCCUAAUCGCGUUCUGUGAUAAAUAAACGGGCUUUCAGAGGCUGUCAAGAAGCCGAAUUAAAGUCGACACGCGGAGCUGUGUCAACACCCAACUCCGGUGUGACGUUCUUGAAGAGUGACACGUAAGGGCUCGAGCUGCAGUGACGCCGACAGACACCGAACCCACAAAGUUGUUCUCCAGCUCGACCAACUCACCUGUGAAGACAUACGCUCUCUGCUUGGCGACAAAAACGAUGAAAUUCCUCAGGAGGCGAGACCCGACAUUCCGUCCUGUGCAACUCCGACAGUCGACUCUCCUUCAGCAGCUGUCAUCGCGAGAACUCAGAGCGGGAACUUCGAAAAGGUCAACAAAACGACGUGGUGCACCAGCGACAUCCGGUGGCGAGAAACGAUUCACACAUUGGUUUCAGGUCGACAUCCUACCUGCAACUUCCUGGUGGAGCUGGAGAAAGACCGGGUCGAGUGUAGGCGAAGCCUGAAGGAGGACGAGGCAAAUCGGGGGACAGUUGGCGGCUGCAAAGGAAUGUGGGACAACAUCUCGUGCUGGAGGUGGACCAGCACCGGGGAGACGCUGACGGUAGCCUGCCCCCGAGUUCUCAAGACAGUGUUCGGCAGGAACGGUAACAUCAGCCGGAACUGCACCCCCUCGGGAUGGUCCGAUGUCUUCCCAAACAUCACCAGUGCGUGUGGGACGGAGACCCACCAGGAUAAGCUGCUCUUCUACCUGGUGGUUCAGACACUCUACACGCUCGGACACAGCCUGUCGCUGGUCGCUCUCACCACCGGGAGCGCCAUCCUCUGUCUGUUCCGGAGGCUCCACUGCACCAGGAACUACAUCCAUCUCAACCUCUUCCUCUCCUUCAUCCUGCGGGCCGUCGCGGUGCUGGUGAAGGACCACAUCCUCUUCAACCACUCCGCAAAGUGCUCCAGCCAGCCGUCGCUGGUUGGAUGCAAGGUGAGUCUGGUCAUCUUCCAGUACUUUAUCAUGGCCAACUUCUUCUGGCUGCUGGUGGAGGGUCUGUACCUCCACACCCUGCUGGUGGUCUUCGUCUCAGAGAACCGCCACUUCUCCUUCUACGCCUUGAUCGGAUGGGGGAUCCCGAUGGUGUUCGUCUCUGCCUGGGUUGUGAGCAGGAUCUUCUUGGAAGACACCGGGUGCUGGGAGACGAACGACAGGACAAUUCCCAACUUGGUCAUAAACGGACCCAUUGGAUUUUCCAUCCUGGUGAACUUCAUCCUCUUCAUCAGCAUCAUUCGUAUCUUGGUCCAGAAGCUUCGCUGUCCUGACAUGGGUGGCAGCGACCAAUCACAGUACAGACGGUUGGCCAAGUCCACGCUUCUACUGAUCCCACUAUUCGGGAUCCACUAUGUGGUCUUUGUCUCUCCCUCCGAGUCCAUCGCAGAGGACUAUAAAAUAUUCUUCGACCUCGCCCUCGGCUCCUUUCAGGGUUUGGUGGUCGCCAUCCUCUACUGCUUCCUCAACAGUGAAGUUCAAGGUGAGCUCAAGAGGAAAUGGCGCAGCAUUUGUCAGGACUGCCGUCUCAGCAGAAGUCGCCGGCUCAACAACGUCGUGGUCCAGAACGGACUGGAGCUCCCGGUGCAGCUCCACUCAGGGACCCAGUCCAUCAUCCAGUCGGAGACCACAGUGCUGUGACCAAAGGCAUCAAGCCAGUUUGUUUUCACCUUCAUGACUGAAGGUCGGUGGGACGUCUUCAAGUCAGGACUGGUUCUCCUGCCGAGUCUAUAUUCCAUUCGAAUUGAAGCCCAACGGUUACCAGAUACUAGAUGAUAACAUAGUUCAAGUUUGUGCACUUGGACUCAAUCAUCUCCCCAACGUCAAUCUGACAUAAACACGACAUCCUCCUAGAGACUCUUCCUGAGAAGUGCUGCUAAGUCCAUUGUCCCACUGGUGCGAAAUUGGCAUGGAAAUCUGUGGUGACAGUCAUUGUUCUGAUGCUGAUGAAUACACUGAACAAGCCAGGAACAUGUUAGUGGCCCUCGAAGUUCAUUGAACUGGGUCAUCUGGUUCUGGGAACUUCACACAUGAACUCAACAAUGAGGCUCAUGAGCGGACCCUUUUUUCAGCAGUAUGACAAUGUGUGAAUUGAAGGGCCACAAAGAUGCCAUGAUGCUUAACACCGAAGCUCAUACGGGAACAGGCCCCACUAUAAUCGGCCUCGUGGACUGUUGCGGGGGAACGGAAGCCUCGACCAAUGAUAUGAGUGCAUAGUUUACCUGGUCAUACGAUCAUAUUAAGAGUGUGGCCAAAGUGUUGCAGUUUCAAGUAAAGAUGUUCUGCCCCCUAGUGGUGGUUGGCUGUAAUGAUGUUCAAACGUAUUGUCAACAGCACUGCAGAACUACAGAACCUACUGCAAGUUGAAAUGAACAAAUGACUAAUCUGUUAAACAUGCUGCUGAACGUUUUUUUCCUCAACAUUUUUUCUAAAUCCAUAAGUGUUAACAUGAA